AUGUCACUAGAGCUCGUGGAUAAAUCAUUGGUAUUUCUCAGAAGAGUGAUUGAAAAUCUCCUUGUCCAAGUAGGGACAUUCAUAUUCCUAGCAGACUUUGUGAUCCUGUAUCUAGGAGAAGAAGGGAGUGACUCUAUCAUCUUGGGAAGACCCUUUUUGGUCACAGCAAGAGCCAUCAUAGAUGUUGAACAAGGAGAGCUGACCCUAAGGGCACAUGAUGAAAGCAUUACUCUGAAUGUCUUUCCAAAAGCACAGCAUAAUGAUGAAAAGGAAAGAUGCAUGGAGGUUGACAAAGGAGACUUGCAGUGGAAGGAAGAAACCAACAAGACACUCAUUAAUUCUCUUCCAGAGCAGGAGACAAGCAGCAAAGCAUGA